UUACCACACUGUAACCAAGUUUUCAGUAAUAACACCAGAGAUCGUCCUGCUCAAAUGUGUUACUUUAGCACGUGUUUAUGGAGUUUAGGUUAUAAUAGGAAUACAGGAAAAUAAUCUGCUCCAGAAAUAAUGGAUGGGAUGUUGAGUUUGUUCGAAACAGUUUCUCAGUAUAAUUGUAAUGAUACGAUUUUACAGAAAUUUUUGAAAACAUGUACAGAAAAUAAGACAUUUCUAAAUAAGGCCCCCGUCGUCAUACAGCCAGUUGUGGCAAAUAUCAACAGUAAACUAAAUGCCUCAGCUACCAGGUAUGAUGGCCUACUGUUACUCAAAACAUUCUUGCCACAAUGUUCAGUACAAAUAUUUGGAGAGAAUGUAAUAUCCUGGAUGCAGCAGUGCAUAAAAAGCAUAGAAAGGGGGCAGAAUAAUCAUGCAUUGGCCAGUAUAUCAUAUCAAGUUCUCAAACUUCUAUUGGAAAUGUCAGAACAGAUGCCAGAGAUGAAGAGAGUUGUUAGUGGAUUUGUGGUGACAAAGAUAAUUGAUAAUUUCCAGCAGAUUGUUCCUCAAGAGGCCUCAUUAUCAAUGCUAGAGUGUUUAGAAGUGCUGAUGUGUAACUAUGGGCCAUCAUGUGGACAGCAGAAGAAUGUCCUGGAGAAGUGUGUGCUGCAAUAUGUAGACAGUGCUGACGUUAUCGUAAUUAACAGUGCUGCUCGUUGUGUGGCAUUCCUUCCUCUCCUUGGUGGUGGCGGUUCACAGGGAGCCAAUCACGUGUCACGAUGGAAGCAACAACAACAGAAAGUGUGCACAACACUUCACUGUAUUCUGGAUGAACUGUUUGAUAAUGUCAGAGAAAUACCGAACUGUCAUAGCUCUCUGGCAUCAUGUGGAACGUUGUCUCUUCCAGCCACUUCAGAGAUUGUGCCACUGCUGAGAAUUUAUCAGCUGAUGACUAGAUUUAUUAAUAUUUCAAAGUUUCUGCAAGCAAUGCUUAUCUCAGAAUUUCCUGUGGAGAAGGCAGUGUUACCAGAUGAAAUAUUUGGGGUUGUCUGCCGUGGACUGGCAGUCACUAGUCAUACGAUGGAAAAGAAAGUUUCAACUGACCUGUUGAUGGUUGGUGCUAUGAUGCCACAGAUUCAUGUUGCACUAUUGAAGGUUUUGGAUUCCCUGAUUAUGUGCUGUGGGCGUAAUUUGCUGCCAUAUGCUCCAGUUAUCUGCAAACUGGUACUCCAAACUCUUAAGUGGACUUCUGCAGAAAAGUGGGCAUAUGGUAUUGAAAAGCCAUAUGGACAGUUGCGUGUAACAGCGUACAACACAUUGAUACUAUGGCUUCAGACUUCAAACUGCGGCAGCUGUGUGGAGCUCAUAUCUGAAGAGCUGGCCUCGGUUCUGAUGCAGGAUAUCUGGUUUGAAAAAGAGGCAGUAACACUCAAUGUCCAGGGAACCUACAGUAAGAAAAAAAAUAAACUUAGGCAGCAUAAACCUGAACAACAGCAGCAACAAGAACAACAAAAAGAUGUUUGGAAUUCCAUAAAGUACAUUCCAGAUCAAAAGGCCAAUAGCAAGACAUGUAGAGCAACACUUCAAGUUCUACAAUGGAUGCUUCAUUCUGCAGCUGCCUUCAUCAAACCUUCCACGCACAGACUUUUACAAGAAGCAACAGUAGAACUUCUAUUCAACAUCCAGCGAACUAGCAAAGUCCAUGAUAUUCCAAUCCCAUAUGGUGAAUCUUCAUGCCGCCUUGAACUCUAUCGUUUGUUGCACACACUUGUCUUAGAGCCACAUGCAACUUGGCCGCCACCUACACAGUUUGCUGUUCACAUGCUGUCUGCAGGACGCAGUGAUCCAGAUCUAGAGGUGUCCAGUUUUUGCACAGCUGCAUUGACUGCACUUGAGAAACUAAUCCAUCCUGCAAGUGGUACAUUGAAUUUCCCUGUCUCUCUUGAGGAAAUGCUAGAAUCAACCAAAAGGUACAAACAAGAAUACCCCACAAAAGCAAAGGACACCUCUGAAGAGGAAGAGGUGAACAAUUAUGUUCACAAGAGAGGAGGUUCAGGUGGAUCAAAACAAACCGAUGCUUACCGUGCAAGUAAUUCAUCUGAAGAAGUUGUUCUUGUGUGUGAGAACAGAAUGCAAAAAGAUGAUGAGGAAAUUUCAGAAUGUGAAGUAGUAUCACUAUACUCUGAGGAAUCAGACAGCAGUGUGAAAAAUAAGGCAACAGAGUCACAUGGAUUGUCAGAAGUCGUUAGUAAAACCCACAAUAAACAGGAAGUUUCAUUGGUAGAUAUUUUUGACUCUGAUGAUGAAUAUCAGCAUAAAGAAGUACAAUCAGCCUCUUUCAUAGAUAUCAGUGUUGAAAAUGGUAGUUGCAGCAAUGUUGGGAAUUCUAAAAAUGGUUUGAGUCAAAAUUGUAAGAGCAAGGUGGACAACAAAAUCCAGUCUGCAACACCUAUUCGCAUUAAUAAAGAAUCACCUCAUAUAAAAUCCAAAAACGAAAUAGGUACUUCAGGAGAUUUAAGUAAUGAAGAUAAAUUAAUUUCAAAUCAACAGAAGGGAACUACAGAAAGCUAUGCUGAUGCAAGUAACAGAUGUGAGAAUAUCAUCUGUGCUUUAACUGAGAAAGGAAGCAAAGAAAUUUCUGGAAAUACUAAAAUCUGUACUGCCAAGAGAACUGUUCUGGUAACAGAAAACGAAGAAGAGAGAGAAAAUAAUGAUUUUGUUCUACAUGUUCAGGAAGAUGAUCAUGAACCAAACCCAAAAAAGAUUAAGCUCGAUUCACCAGGGUCAUCUAUAAAGUAUUACAAGCCCAAUACUGAAACUACAAAGACUAAUUCACAUAGUAAUGUUAAAAACAGUACAGCACUACCCAUAGCUGGGAAUGAGGAGCAAGUAGUAAAUGGAGUAGCUGUAAACCCUAAAGAUGUCACAGAAGAGGAGAUGCUUCAGACAUUUGUUGAUGUACUCUCUGAUUAACUUCAUUCAACAUAAUACACACAUGGUAUUUUAGGAAACAAAAUAAGAACAAAACUGAGUUGCUCAGUAUGUAUGAUGUCAUUCAAGGAACUGUCCCAAGAUUCAAAAUCAUGUCUCUUCUUUGACUUUUCUCAUUUUUCUGAGCACUUACUCAGUUCCAUCUAAAAUACCUUAAGAAUUAUGAGGGAUGAACUAGAUAUCUUUAUAUUUUGAUAUAAUAAAACAAAGAUAGUGAUAAUGCAUAAACUGCAAUCUGAAAUGUAACAUGUUUAUCCAUGAAAAAUAUUAGAAUGGUGUAUCAAAAACAUGUUUUGCAAAUUACAUUAUCAAAAGAAAGUAACAUAUUUAUGUUAUUCUAACAUGGUAAGUUACCCACUUUUAAGUCUGUAAAAUAAAGUCCUACUCUCAAAAUCAGAUAUUCCCUUACUCUAAAACUUUCUAACCAAUACAAUGUUUAUUACCUUAACAUCACCUAUGAUUCAUAAUGUUCUGUUAGCAGAAUUAUUUUGUGUCCAAUAGUUAAUUUUUGUUAGUGUCAUCAAUAAGUUAUAUCUUGUCCAAAGACAUCCCUCAUAUUUUAAUUUUUUAAAAUUAAAUCUUGGUAAGGUAAAAUCUGUAAAUUUCAGAAGUAAGAAAGGAGAUGACAAAGUAAGGAAUGAAGAUAUUAAAGGUAAACCAAAGCAAGAAAUCAAGGAUAAAAUAAAACCUUUACAUAAUCUGCCAUGAUACUUUAUUUCUGUCAAUGUCAGUUGUUAGAUCGGAGUACUAAUAAAUGCAUACAUAACUAGAA